ACUAAUGGUAUCGGCAGGUAGGUGCUGCAUUCUGUUAUUCCAUUACAGUUGGCCUGUGUCCCGAAGAAUAUGAUUCAUUCACUAGUUGGGAUUGGUGGAGCAUGCUGAAGUUUCUUAUGAGCAUUCCACACACAGAUCUCUUCUACACUUUAUUUAUCCGUGCACCACUAACGGUGAGUGGCUACGGACUUGUAGCCUUCCCUGUUACAAUUGCCAAGUGCUAACAUCGUCCAAUAAUAAUCGAAUCUCUUUGAGGUGGCGGCUUUCUUGCCGCUUAGUAUGUAAGCAUCGAUCAGGUUGGCGUUGACUCUUGCACACUGGUCCAGUUCAAUAUAAAAUGUAGCAUAGAGCAUGGCAACUCAUUUCAGCAUUGACCUAUUCCUUUUGGCGCAAUCAUAAGGUGAAUUCAUGAAAGGCAAAACUGAAAGUAGUCAACAUCGCUAUCUGCCCACGUCUGCAGGCAACCAUUUUGUAACUCUUUGUGUGUGUUUGUUUCCCGCGUGUGAAUCAAUUUGUUUUCAUAUGAAUUUUUUCAAAGGUUAAGUUCUUGCACAUUGUUCAUGCCGUUUCUAGGAGGUUCAACCUCUACAAAAACGUUUUGCCCCGCUGCGACUGUUGAUUGGAGGAGGCACAGCUGCCGCACAGGCAAUAGUUGCCUACUACUCUAUCGGCGGAAAAGGAGCCGCCGGUAGCCAAGGUCGCCAUCGCACGAUCGCAGGCUGCAGCGGCGGCGCGGUUGGGUCCACGUGGCGCGCACCAGGGGCGCUGGCGGUGCAAAUGGGGGCAUCAUCCUGAGGUGGCCGUGGCCAGUGGCGUCACUCUCCGUCACCGAGAGAAACGAAACCUAAUCCUGAAUCCGGUCGCAUUCGGGGAAUGUCUUCCGGCCUCCCGCUAAUUCCAUGGCGUAAUCAUGCUUUUGCAUUAGCAGCAGCUUGCUUCCGCAUUGGCCAGUGACGCUUGCUUUCGCAUUGGGCGGUGACUCUGACUCAAGCCAUUGCCAUCGUCCUCAACUCACUAUAAAAACCCAUGCACUGAGUGUUACCUGGACACCAGCCUGAGCCUGGUCUCUGUCUCUGUUCUUGCCUGCCGCAUUGGCGCAUCCAGGCUGCAGUGGCUGCGGUACGUCGGACAUGCUGACAAGCGGCAUCGCUCCAAUGGCGUCGCGCACGAUCGCCCCGUGGCGGCAGGUCAUGAUGCUCCUGGCUCUGCUGCCGCACCUGUUCCUGAGCGCCCCCGCCGUCGUCGUCGCGAGGCAGUGGCAGUGCCUAUGGCCGGGCCAGGCGCCCGACGACGCUGGGUGCCUGAGCUGGCGCGUCAUGGUGGAGGCCAACAACGCCCGCGGGUGGCGCACGGUGCCCGCGCAGUGCGUCGGGUACGUGAACGGGUACAUGACCCGGGGCCAGUACCAGCGGGACCUGGCCGGCGUCAUGGAGCAGGCGUCCGCCUACGCCGACGAGAUCGCCGCCGACGCCGACGCCGACGGCCUCGACGCCUGGGUGUUCGACAUCGACGACACCUGCCUCUCCAACCUGCUCUACUACGAGGCCAAGCAGUUCGGGGCGUACGACCCGUCGGCGUUCAAGGCUUGGGCGAGCAGGGAGGCGUGCCCGGGGAUACGUCCGGUGCUUGGGCUGUUCACGACGCUGCUGGACAAGGGCUUCAAGGUCUUCCUCCUCUCCGGGAGGGACGAGGAGACCCUGGGCUCGUGCACGGCGGCCAACUUGGAGGCAGAAGGGUUCUCCGGGUACGAGAGGCUCAUCAUGAGGACUCCGGAGUACCGAGGGCAGAGCUCGUCGAUCUUCAAGUCGGCGAUUCGGAGGCAGCUCGUGGACGAAGGCUACAGGAUCCGCGGCAACGUCGGGGACCAGUGGAGCGACCUGCAGGGCGACAGCGCCGGCGACCGCGUGUUCAAGAUACCCAACCCCAUGUACUUUGUCCCCUGAAGCAAGGACGAGCAUACAGACUACUCCCAUGUAGGGAAGUGUCAGAGCGAUCUGUAAACGAGUGGCCAAUGUGGAAUAAGCACAGGCCGUAAAGCAUAUAUAAAUAUAAAGAAGAAGAACAUUGCUUCUUCUGCUUCGA